AUCACCUCUGGGCACAUUGACAAUGACGAAGUGAGCAGAGCUGUGGACAAGGGAGGCUGGUCACCCCGGCUGCUAUCGAUAAAAUGGCGGGACCCGGAUACCCGGCGAAUGACACACUAGCACCUAGUGGGUUGGAGCUGGCGACGUCGAACAGAAGUUGCUUGGCCGACCUAGAGGGCGUCAAGGCCUGGGACACUGGUGCAGCCAUUCAACAAAGCCUUCCAUGCGCGCAAAGUGAGAACAGGACUUGCUGUACACCCAAGCACGUAUCCAGCUGGAAUAAACUGCUCUCAAACGCUCGAAUGGAACUGCGACAAACCGUUCGCGGAGGAUUGUCGCUGAUGAGUUUCGCGCAGCCCUUUUUACCGUGCAGCAAGGAGCAAGUUCUUCAGCCUGCAGCACUCGUCCACAAGCUGCUUACGACGCACCGUUGUCUGACUACGCUUGACAUCGACACAGAUAGCUUCAAGGGGUCUGAAGCACGUCUUUGUGAUGCGUUACAAGGAAACCGCUCCAUCAGUGUGUUGAAAAUAAACUUCAGCACGUUCACCGUACAUAAGGACAUUUGUUCCGUGAUACCCUCCCUCGUGAACUUAAAAGAAAUCGAAUGCAUGACGGCGUGCGAGUGUCCGGUGCAGUUUUGCGGCGCGCUCGCGAAGCUUCUACGAACGACAACACAGUUGACGGCGCUCCGAAUUCCCAAGUUACACAUGAACGGAAGUGGUGCAAUCAUUUUUUUGCCGGCGCUGGUGGAAAACGCCACUCUUAGGGAACUAUCGUUUCAUAGUUCCGCCAUCAGUGAAGCUCGUCCUGAACACCGCGACUUGUUUGCGAAGUUCCUACGGGACGACAAAGCGCUGACAAAGUUGACCAUAGCAGCCUACAAUGAAGUUAGACAGCAGUCUCUUAAGUGGGUACUUGAAGGUCUGCUAAGCAACACUGCUCUCGCUCACGUCACCCUCGAAGACUUCAUCGUAGACGCAGACAGCGCUGACAUAAUGACCAAGGUUCUAGCUCACAACCGUGCUUUGCGCACACUGAACAUCUCUAUCUUGACCUACGAUGCCUGGAUGAGCCGAGUAGGAGGUUCAACAACAUCGUGUCAAAUAGAUUUUGAUCCCUGGCUUUCCGCCAUCGCUCAAAACAAGACACUCGAAGCGCUUACGUUGCCUCUGCGUAUCUGGGAACCUGAGCGAUGGGAGGAUCUGUUCGAUCACCUCUCAACGAGAGAAAGGCACUUGAAGUUAACCAUCAAGGGACACUGCAGCGAACGUCACUUAUGGGAAAAGCUGUGCUGUGCACUCAGAAGGAGCGGCGUCGAGGAGCACGUUUCCUUCGAUACAACUCUGUACAUUUUGGACAAGCACGAGAUGCUAGAAUGCAAAGGGUUUUCAAAAUUCCACUCCUUUCCCUAUCAAGACAAUCAUGGUGAAGUAUCUCAAACAUUUCGCCGGCUGUCCACUUUCGCUCACGUGAUUUCGGCCCACCUCGAGGUAUGGAUACCUGACGUGGACGAGGCGCUGAGCUCCGAUAUCGCUCACUACAUCGCCUCAACGACUACGCUGAAGGAGCUCCACCUGACGAUAUGGAUCCGACACUUAUUUCCAGAAGCGGCGAAGAUAGGUUGGGCGGUCAUCUUAGAAUCGCUGCGUCGGAACACCAGCGUGAACGAGCUGCGCGUCGUCGCAAGAUCCACCAACGGACCGGAGAUACAGCUUUUGGCAGACGCACUGAAUGCCAGCCGGAGCAUCCGCAGGGCGCACGUGAGAAUCGGGGAGCCCGAAGUAGCAGCCGUCUUCAUUCGCCGACUGCACGCUGGAAUCGAGUGCAACCGCAACCUUCUCAGAAUGACUGUUGACGGGUGCGUGCUCAGUCGAUCCAGGGUGGAUACAGUGUGGUUCGCGGUCUGCGACGCAACGCGACGCAACUCCGACCUUGUUACUCAAGCGGCACAGUUUGUCAGCGGCACCUUAGUCGACAGGUAUGGUGCAGAAGCCCUCGAGCGGAUUGUCGAGUAUCCAACACUGCUGGAAGAGCUGACGCAGCUGCUUUCAGUCACUGACGCCGAGGCCAAAGGCUUGGUUCGAGCUGGGCUGAAGAGCAUCCAGUGCUUGGACGGCUUCAUGCGAGUAACUGGCGUCGUUAAAGACCGCGUCUCUUGCCAUCGGCACGAAGAUGGUCACAUGCAGUUGGAUGACCUCAACGAAGACUGUUGGAGUCUAGUGAGACGUCACCUUAAAGUUGAAGAUGUAAGGGAACCUGGGGCAACUGUGUUAGAAGACCAGCCAUUCCCCGUAAAGGCGGCAGCUUAAGCUGCGCGGUAUGGGAUGCAACUUACGCAGCUCAGUGCGAAAGAAACCGCCACAAGUACCCGAUUCAUAGAUAAAAGCCAACUGUAUUUCUUGGAAAUUUUGUGAGCAGCGAGGCAAUAUAUGAAAGGUAUUUAGGU